CUUAGCCGAAUGUGUUUAUUUAUAAAUGGAAAUAAUUAGCACCUUGAAACUAUCCCCAAUAUUGCUCUCGUAUUAUUUCUCUUAAUGUCUCCCCAAGAGCGCAGGGAGCACGCUCCCAAAGAGAUAACAACAGCUGCUCGCCAAAUACAUCGCGUGUUUUGGAAGCAACAAUUCCUCUUCAAACGCUCCACCGCCGUCAACAGAGCUCCAUCGUAAUUUUUGUUAGGCGCGAGUGCGUCAUUAUUAUACACAAAUUAAGGAAAAUCAAUUGUGGUGCCAAAGUGCGUGCAAUUAAAGUGUCAAAUUAAGUUUAAGAAGCCCCAAAAAAACCCACAAAAUGGAGCGUAUUUUGAGGGGAAUUAUGCGGUACAGAAAUACAACGAGGGAGCAAAUGGUCAAGGAGUUCCAGAAAGUCCGCGACAAUCCAGAACCCAAGGCCGUCUUCUUCACCUGCAUGGACAGUAGAAUGAUUCCCACCCGGUACACCGACACUCACGUGGGCGAUAUGUUUGUGGUGCGAAAUGCUGGCAAUCUGAUUCCCCAUGCCCAGCACUUCCAGGACGAAUACUUCAGCUGCGAACCGGCAGCUCUGGAGCUUGGAUGCGUGGUGAAUGACAUUAGACACAUAAUAGUCUGCGGACACAGCGACUGCAAGGCCAUGAACCUGUUGUACCAACUAAGAGAUCCUGAUUUCGCCUCUAAGCUUAAUCGACGCCUCUCACCGUUGCGAUCUUGGCUGUGCACCCAUGCGAACACCAGCUUGGAGAGGUUCCAGGAGUGGCGGGACGCAGGCAUGAAGGAUCCACUAAUCUUCUCUUCGGAGACGCCACUCCGCCGCUUUGUGGCCUACAUCGAUGAGGAGCAGAAGUUUACAUUGGAGGACAAACUAUCCCAGAUCAACACACUGCAGCAAAUGUCCAACAUUGCCUCGUACGGCUUCCUUAAGGCUCGCCUAGAAUCCCACGAUCUCCACAUUCAUGCCCUUUGGUUCGAUAUUUAUACCGGUGACAUAUAUUACUUUAGUCGCGGAGCCAAACGUUUUCUGCCUGUUGAUGAGGACACCGUGGAUCGAUUGUCCGAGGAGGUCAGGAGAUUCUAUUCGUAGGCGAAACAGGGCAACAGGACCAACUGGAUUAUCUGUGAUAUGUGGGCCUUAUACUGCGAUCGGCAUUUACAAGUUACCAAUACUUAAGAUUGUUUUGUGUAUUUAUAAGUGUGUAAUUGUUUUUGUAUAUAAACUUAAGGCCUACAAAGGUUU